UAUACAUACACAUCAAUAUUCAACAAUUUGUGUCAUAAAAGCCUCCAUUCAACAAGUGACACGCACCUACGACCUUGAGAUCAAGACUCUUUGGCCCUAACUUAGCUGAAAAAUGCAUUGAUUAUUAACACAAAGCCUAAGCCAAUGUGGAAUGUUUUCCAAAUGAGCUUGAUUAGUAAACAAAUGAAUUGAGCGUGAAACCAAUUUUCGGCAUUUGCAUAAAAAUUAUAUCAAUUUCUACACAAAAGUUGCUCAAAUGUAAAUACGAGUGUUGAUAUGAGCUACCUUAGCUAUGCCUAGCCUUGCAGCGUAAAACCAAAUCUAUGUUUUAUUAUACCUCAAAUCAUGUUUUUACAUUGUAAUUGAAUAUGCAUGCAUGAAAACAAUUCAAGCUACAAGAGAAUACUAUUAGAGACUGGCUCCUUGUGGGAGUGGGAGGAGUUCCUAAUGGAUAGGACGCAUCAUUACAGAGUCGAUGGGCGAUGGCGAAGCUAUUUAAAAGCCGACGUGUCACAUGCUGAAGCACCAGUGCAAUAUGGCAAGGCACACCGAGGACUCGCAGCAACAGCAGGACAUAAGGCAGAAGGAGAAACAGGAGCAGGAUGAGGCGAUUGAUUGGUGGAUGGAAGUGUGCAAGGAAUCGGCCAUACAUGGAAUGCCAUAUCUCGCCCGCAAGGAUCUCCACUUCCUCGAGCGCCUCUUCUGGCUGGUCAUGAUCAUAGCAUCCACCUACUAUGCGGUCAACAGCUGCAUCGCCCAAUGGCAGCGAUACAAGGAUAAUCCCAUCAUCUACGAAUAUGAGUAUAUGUUUGCCUUGCGCUCGUUUCCCUACGCAGGCGCCACAGUCUGUACGCACUAUUAUCAGCUGCCCUCCAGUAUAACCCACAAAUUGGUCAUUGACAUUUGGGAGAGCGACUCGUCUGAGAUCAGUGAAACCGGGAUUGACGACGAAAGCAUGCAAUAUUACGUCAAAUUUUUGGAUGUCUUGCAUCGCCUGCAAUACGACAACUUGGAGACAUUGAUACCCUAUGAAAAUGAUACGACUCUGCAGAACUUGCCCUAUGCCCGGAUUUCGAGGAAACUGUUGAAGAACACCUUACCCAAGCAGCGGGAGGUGCCCGAACUGGUGCCCAGCCUAACCGAAAUGGGCCUCUGCCUGACGACGAGCCAGCUGGCCAGCUUUGGCUUUACCCUUAAGAAACACUUAGAGCAAGUAUAAUGUAUACUAAUAAGGAGAUAUAUCCUUCAUCUAUAUUAUUCAUUCAUC